AUGGCCCCCACAAAGACCGAAUUCUCCACGCCCGACAUCCCCCAGUCUGCGGCGACGUUCUAUGCCUCGGCCCGCACUCUCAUCAACGCGCCUGCGAGCUUGGUCUUCCGCACCCUCCGCAACACCGAGACCUGGAAGGACUGGAAUAGGUGGUGUCCGCGCGUGACCAUCACAGCCCAACCCGACGACGAAGACGACGCCACUCUCGCCGAGAUCGAAGAACUCGUCCGGAACACCAGCAUUGCCGUGAACUUCGACAGUGAUAUCACAGAUGGGGCAGUCAUGUCGGGACCUGAACAUUCAAGUGCUUACCGCCGAAAAAGUAAGAGUGGAGGUACUACGAAUGGAGCAGGCGCGGCAAGUCCGCCCCCACCAGGGAGCAGAGGCUCAGGCAGCUUUGAGCGGCCAAGAAGUCCUCCGCCCGUGACGAGACAGCGGCUCGCUAGCAACGCAAGCCGCCUGUCUGGCAUGUCGCAAACCAGCCCAGACGCAGAGGCGUCGCGCUCAAACUCAAUGGCCAACGCCAACGCCAACGGCGCCGAGCCUGCAGCACGCCGCCUCUCCGCGGCACAAGUAUACCAAGCCGCAAGCGACUCGCGGCGCGGGUCUCUGCCCAACAGCGUGACAUCCCCGCCAGCAGCAGAUACGAACGGCACAGAUGGCAGCAAAGGCAAGACGGGCGUCCUCGUCCCUGCGCCCAACAACCCGGCGCGCCUGAUGCCCGCGCCAGCCAACACGCAGAGCACGGCGAUCGCACGGCGCAAGUCCACGGCCUCGAGCCGCAACCGCCGCCAACUGCACAUCAACGCCCUGUACGGCGAGCCCAGCGUGCGCAUCCAGCUCGGCACCAAAAUGACGCUGCACCUGAAGAUGAAACUCCCCGCCAGCCACGAGGUUGGCGACCGCGCCGUCCUCGUCACCGAGGUCUCCCGCCCCGACGACCCCUUGGAACACGACGUGCCCAUCGCGCAAUUGGGCAACCUGAGCAGCGGCGUCAUCCUCCGCACGCAGACCCACACGGACUCUGUCUCGGGCGUGUAUCGGCUCGUGUGGACCAGCGUGGCCUCGAAGAGUUGUCCGCGGUUCCUACUCUUCACGCAGCGCGUCCAUGAGAUCCGGCCGACAAAGGACGGCGCGGGCCAGGAGAUCUGCGAGUACUGGGACUGGGAGUGCCAGAGGGGGGUUCUGGCCAAGAGGAACGCAAAGACGAAAGCAUACAUGGAGGAGCGCAUGGCCGAGUGGGGGACCCGGCUGGGCGAGUUCUGCGAGAGUAUGGGCGGGGCGGUGGAACGGAGGGAUUUCGUGGGCUCUGUAGGGUAG